AUGAUUUUCCCAAUAAUCUGUGCAUUACUCAUUGCUGGCAAACGAACGACGAUAGCCGUAACAGUCACUGAUGCCUUCGAUCUCACAACUGUGCCUCUAUGCUGUCCAAGUGCCGACUGGAAGUUGGCGCGGAUCACAGCUGAUGUGCAAGAAUCCCCGAAAUAUGUAUGUCUUCCCCAGGCAUACGAUACAAACGCAACACAAUCGCCGGCGGGCCCAAAAGAAGGCAGUUUUCUUUUCGAAAAUUCUUCUCCCGUUUACGGCCUGGGAAUUCGAUUGGCCGAGGACCAUAUGACAAAUUCCAGUAUUCCCGAAUGUGAUAAUCAGAUCCUUAACCGAUUUGCAAGGAAUGACGAAGUGGAGAUCGCCUCAGAUGCCUGCGUGAUGGGUGUGCAGGAUGAACUGGUGACCGUGUCAUGCCCGCAAGAGGACCCGAAAUGGCGACCCAUAACAUUUGCCCAGAAAUGCUGCCCCAACAAUUUCAUUUACGAUGGCGGCCAACGUAAAUGCGUGCAGAGUUCAGAUGCUCCGAACUUCCAACUGUAUCAGGAAUUUUUCCAAACGGCAGUUGUUUUCAAUGACAACGCCAUUGAAUGUCCCCGGAACAAGGUGCUUGUCGAAUAUAAACUCACACAAUAUAAGUUUACGAUCAGUAACGGAAGCAUACACCUUCGGACGUUGAAUAAAAAAUUUGGCCCGUCUCAGUAUUGUGUUGAGGCCAUCGACAACGUCCCCUAUGAAACCGAGCAAGAGUUUUUGGUUCGAACCUGCGACGAUAUAUCAUCUGCGUGUCGACGAAUGCCCUGCAUCAGACGUUGUUGCAAUGACGGCGAAAUGUUCACCAAGGGCAAUGCAACAUCGUACUGCAAACGAGAUGAGUCGGAUACAACGUUUCACAGUUUUGAAAGUCUUGAUAUCAGUGGAAACUUCAGUAAACCACCAGUAUUUGGCGUACUGCGUAGCUUAGACUGUCUAAAAUAUCGCUUGGAUCCAGAGGCUUAUGCCGAUGAAGCUCACACCAUAAGCGAACGAGAUGGAUCACUUCUGGUGGCGUCCACAAAGAAACACUACACCAACAAUCAGUACUGCGUAGAAAAAAUACGCAAUGCAACGUGGGCCGAUCAAAAGUUGUACACAUUUCUUUGCUUCGAUUCGAAAGUUGUGGGAAAUGAUCGGAUACGCUUUAGGUUGUACACCAUUGGCCUAUUGAUAUCGUGUUCAUUCUAUGCGGCAACCUUAGUGGUCUACUUAUCGAUUGCACGCCUCCGAAAUUUGCCGGGCAAAAUAUUAAUUUGCCUAGUCAGCAGCCUAUUUACAGCAUAUCUGGGGAUAGCUCUAGGCCAGCUGAUGCCAACUCCAAAUGAUACAGUUUGUUUUGCGUCUGGAUUCUUUAUAUAUUUUUGUCUGAUGGCUGCUUUUUCUUGGAUGAACGUCACCUGUUUUGAUAUCUGGCAGACUUUCGGGUAAGAUAAAAA